GACAGUUGGCGAUCAGUGGAGAUUGAGUGGAUGGAUGGUCAGCGCUCGGCCGAAGGGCAGCUGAAGAUGGAGAAAUUCGGUUUGUGGUUCGGCCGGCGAUGAAGCGAUGAAGCGAUGAAGCCUAACUGAACUGCAGUCUACUGUCAGUGAGCAUUUUGGGAGCUACUCGGACAGUUCACUGAUUUCUGUGGGAAGACAUUUUGAUUCCGAGAUUCCUGUCGAGCACGAUUGGAUCCGCGGUUUUUUUUCCUUCGAGUGCGUCGAAGCUCGAGUCGCUUGCGAGAACGCUUCGGAUGCAUUUGGAUUGAUUAGGAUGCUCUUCGACACGACCAGGCUUCGCGAAGUGAGCGAAAAAGAGAUACGAAGCGUUCGAUCGAACUGCUCGCGAUAAUCGAUGGAUCGAGGGAUCGAUCGCUCGAUCGCUCGUCAUGUCCCGUCGGUGUUCGACUCGAAACGCGUCUGGAAUUCGACCUGGACGAAGCGGUCUUUGUUUCGUUUGCCAGAAGGUCGGCAGAAUCUUCGGUCGAUUCUGGCAGACGUGUCUGACCUCAUCGCUGGGGCGAUGAGAUCUCGGAGCCGUAGAUGAGUUCUGCUCCCUCCCAUUCCGGAUGGAUCUACUGGCUCCAACUAAAUCUCAAACCUCGGUUGUCGAUCGAGCAUCAUCCCUCCUUGUGAAAGGAGUCGAGGCAUAAGUAGGGUUGCAGAGAAGGUACCCUUUCCCUCGACAAACCGAGAAUAGGCAUCAAUUUCAAGGACAGAUGCAACCCAGCGUCUUCGUUCUCCAGGGCUGCACCGAGAGCGGAUGGCCGGAGCCUCUGCAGGGGACCGGAGCUUUUGGGAUGGUAGUGAUCGAGCUCUUCAGGAUGUACAAUCUCACGAGCAAAGGUGUAUGCCGAGUUGCAGAAAAGAGAUGCCCUUGAGAGCUUGGUGCAGUUCAUUGACAACUGCACCGGAGGUAAUAAGCAUCGAAAUGGGGACGAUGUCGUAGCUGAAAUUUGCUGAAGGCCAAAUGUGCGUGGAGGAGUCCAGGAUUCGUCCCUAAUCUGGGAGAGAUUCGUCGAGAAACUGAAUGGACGGAGAAUGGACAUGAUCGCAGGAUUUACUCAAGGUCGGCACUGCACGUGGUGGGCGGAGAAGAGUUUGGAAACCGGAGCAGCAUCGAUGAAGCAGCGGAUCGUGCGAGGGUUUCCGAGCAAGGGCAUUCCGUUCCCAAAGGUGGACGAGUCGGACAUGUGCGACGUGUGCCGCACCCCGAAAACGGUGAAGCGUGGUUCUUUACCAUGGAUGGCCUACGGCGGGGGCCGUGGGGAGGCUGCCAUUCUAGACCCUCGAUCGAGAGCGAAAGGAAAGCAGAAAGUGGAAGAGUUCGACUGUGUUUUGGAUGCGUUUCCGAAGCUCCAAAAGAGAAAUAAACUCAACGAGAAAGAGGAUGGUUUUGUGCGACACGACGGCCACUUUAAGAAGGCAGAGCGCAAAAGAGUAGUCAGUUAUGUGAAGCAGGUCAUCAUGACAAAAUCGUGAACUGCACAUUCUCCUUCCUUCCAGUGUCAUCAGUACAGCACUUACUCCCUUGAAGUACCAAAGGAGUGGGCAAAGUUCAGCACCCGUGACUGGUGGCAUGAUCGAUGACCAUGGAGCGGACAACGACGUGAAAAUGCCUUCUGUUCCCACCUGUGGAGUCGAUUGUUAUAAAAUCAGAGAAGAUGUCUACAGGGCUGUCGAUGAGUUGAUGUCUAAGCAGCCAGUUGUGCGCAUCAGACCCAGAAUAAGGCCGGCCGAAUUGCUUGAUUUCCACACGCUUGGACCUCUUCCGAGUGUUCCGACGAGUGUUCCGAUUAUUGAAGCCAGCUCACUAGCUACUGGUAGCGAAGUAGGUAACCGUGAGGGAGACCUGAUCCCCUCUCGAGAUGCCCUAGCAGUCACAUUGACCGAGCAGAAAAUUGAAGCAUCAACGCAGACCCAGACACCACCUUACUUUGUUACCGAAGCUCCAACAUCGGAUAUUGCUGCCACUGUUGAGCAUGAAGCAGAAGUGCCUGACCCUGAACUUCCAGCAGCUACUCCAACUGUUGCUACACUCUUCAUCCAAGCACCAACAAUUCCUACUCCUCAGACUCAGCAACUACCUUUGGACAGUCACUUGCAGCUUGAGUCACCUCAAUCUCGAAUCACCACCCUUCUAUUCCCCCAACCUCGCAUUGCGUCUCCUGUUGAUUCUUCUCAAUUCGCAACCACGAACGAGCAGAGUACAGAAUGGAACGAGCUGCCCAGAGACUCAGUGACUCUGUACAGAGAGAAAAACUUAGUCCCGAGCGUGAUUCCUUCGUCCCUCAAUCCUGAGUCCAUGGAACAGGCCAGGGAACGACAGAGAGCGAAGCAUUGGGAUCGAGACCGAGUAAGCACAGCAAUAUUUUACCGCGAGAUGAUGGCAAAGACCAGCCAUGAUCAGGUGGUUAUGAGACGGGAUCCGGUUAGAAAUAACGACGAAGAUAAAGUAGGAGUUGAAGAAAUUGGAGACAUAGCCGAGGGUGAUGUGAUACCCAAAGACGACAGGCAACCAGUGGAGGUGAGACUAAAGCUCAGUAGCAUUUUGGAACGCCUUACUCUGGAGGUGGGUAACGUCUCGAAGGCAGAAGAUCGGACUCUGCAAGAGAGGGGGAUGACCCGAGGGCUUCAAGAGGUUGUGAAGACAGCAGAGGAGUUCGAGCUCAGAAAUGCAUCUGAUCCUCAAAGGGAGCAGCACGUGCCUGUCACCAGAAGCAUAUCUCCAACAGAGUUAGAAUGCAUGAAAGCUGCCAUCCUCAAUCACAACUUCUACCCUCGACUUGUUUCUUCUUUUGUAGAACAGCACGCGCAAGGUGCUCCGCCAGAGACAGUGACGAAGCUAGAGGAAGUUCGAUGGCGAGUGAUGCAGAGUUGGAAUCCCAGUAAUUCUGUUGAGUGCGACGAGAAAAUUAGGAAAUACCAGGAAAUAUUAACAAAGUUCGAAUCAGAGCUGGAACAGCCUUUUCGAGAGGCGAUGGACAUUUCGUGGAGAUUAGAAAACAGGAAUAAAUCUCUUCCGUAUGCACAGACGAGCAAGAUUGAUCAAGGGGAAUCUUCUGCAAAAGAGGAGGAAAAGGAGGAGGAGGCUCAAACUAUGUUCUCUUGAGUCUUCUUCAAUGUCUUUAUAAAGGGACGAGUGAACGUCUUCAUUCACAUUCCUGCAUCAAAUCUUGGAUAACAGAUAAAUUUAUGCCAUCCAACCUGAACAAGAACAAACAGCAACGACGUACACUGCCAUCCAUUAAGGCAGAAAGACGAGUCCCUUCCUUAUCCUUUGAGCCGAAAACAAGGACAUUCAACCCUCUCCAUUUUUUUACGAAUUAAAUUCCCAUCAAUGUUACAUCAGUCUUUUACACAUCCAGUCUGUGUAUGUCAUACACAUUCUCGGAGCUCGGGGUGCAGUCCCGGCCCGAUCUCUUCCACAUAGAGCUUCGAGGACAACUUUUGCAGAUAAAGAAUAGUAGUCUCGUUGAGAUCAAAUUUCCAACCAGGGCCCAUAUCUCUUCAGAUCUGAAAUCGACUGAAGACUCAAAAUUUGAUGUUCCCGAAGUGAUAUGUAAAGCUUGUUAACUCCACGUUAAGCCAACUGGCUUUUGCCAAUUAUUAAUAUGACUUGAAAGAAGAGACUAGACUAAAACACUCGUCCCUGGGGCCCAUAAUCACCGAUAUUCUCUCUCGGAACUGGUAAGGGUCCGUGUAUCGUCGUGUGAUCGUCUCUCACAAGCUGCCGCACACUUGAGCAAUCAUGAGACGGAUCUCUGCCGAUCUGCUUCCCAACAGGGAGAUCUUCGUUGAGGUCAUUUCCCCAUUUGAUGAUCUGGAGAGACAGAUCGUUUUCCAGUAGAAAUGCCAGAUUGAAAAAAAAUGUGGGACCCUCCAAGCACUGCUCGGCGAGCUCUCUUUGCUGAUGCCUCACAAUUUCUCUUUAUCGCUCGAUAGUCAAUAAUGAUGGUAGAGGGCCAGAUCUCGCCACUGCAUGAAUAGAAACAUUCUGCGUGCCCGCCUAUGGCAACAUACCUUUGUCCACUUGAUUCAACCGAGCAUGUGAAAAAAAAGGCGUUAUCCUCACAUAUACAUUCGUAUGAAUGUUCAGCUCUGUCCAGGAAGACUUUGAUGAAAGGUCAGUAAGGAUGCGGUCAAACUUCUGCUGAAAUAUAAUCUAUUUGAAGGAGAUAUUUUCUCACAGAUCAAGGUGACGUUUCCUGACCUCUCCUGCAGCAGCUCCGUACUC